UUCGCUCCGUUGCUCUGCUAUCUUGUGUGGACAUUCUCCAGGGUGAUGGAGGAGAUGUAGCUAUUCAGCCUGAAAAUACAUCGCUUUAAAAACGCAAAUUGUGUGAACUGUGACAACAAAUUACAAUGGCCGGUAUAAGGAGAGUGAACGGGAAAUUAUCGGGAGUCAACCCGGCCGUCAGUUGCUGUCGUCUGCGUCAGGUUCAGUCUCUGCUCUGUGAGGGUGGAACUGCUACUCCUGAUGGCAUCCUGUGCUCUCUCGGAAUUGACAGCAGAUAUAAUGAGGGAUGCACUGAGCUGGCAAAAUACCUGUUCUAUGGCUUGUAUGGAAGAAACCAGCUGAAUCUGGAACACGUCCUUGAGGAAUUUCCUGAAGAAAUGCUGGAUGAUGUAAUCUUGCUGAUUAAGGCAGAGUGUGUCCACCUGUACUGCAACCCAAUGAACUACAGUUACCUGCUGCCUUACGUGUCCCACUGGAGGAACCUGCAUCUCUACUGCAUGACUGAGGCAGAGUAUGAAGAUGAGGAGGCAGCAGAGGAGUUCAAAAUCUCCAGUUUUGUCACAAUGGUGCAGGACUGCUUCCGAAUCGGUGUACCAAACAGCUCCCAAGGACACAUCCAGAGGUUUGAUAUGUUUAUGGUGGAAAAGUGGCCCCUGAUCCAAGCGUUUGCCCUGGAAGGCAUCGGUGGAGGAAGCUUUUUUACCCUGAAGUACAAGCUCAUGGACAUGAGUGAGAAGCUGUGGCAGGUUUACAACAGACUCGACCCAGUGUCCCUAGAUACAGUCUUCACAGAGGACCUGAUGAACUUUGAGAAGCAGUGGAGUGGCUUUUUCUCCAGCAUGGACCUGGAGAGCCAUCUCUCCAUCUUGGAGCUCUCUGAAGCACAGGCAGGAGAGACUUUCCGUACAUAUUACUCUCAUGGACUGAUCUCAAGCAACAUCACAGAUAAAAGUAAAAGUCAGCAGCCCUUUGUGUUGUUCGGGAAGCAUUCAUCCUCAGAGGAUUUGGAGAGCUACUCCUUCAACUUUCCCUCAGAGAGUCAUCAGGUCCGCAGCACAGGGCCUCGAGGUUCUACAGCCAGACACAUGAUUCUGCAGUGUGUGGCUCCAAAAGGACCUCUAUCCUGCUCUCGGACAUAUUUCUUUGGGAGCACCCACUCUCCGUACCUUGGAAAUCAAAACACAGAGCAAAAGAAUACAGAAGUCUUACUUCUGUCACAGAUUUAUUCAGCUGCUGUUCAAGGAGUUCUUUCAGGAAUUAAAUGCUACUCCUGUACCACCAGCGCCACCAAGGCUAAGGAUGUGGCAGAGAACACCUUUCUGCUGGCUUUGGACUCAAUGAAUUUAAGUCAGUACCGCAGUUCUCUCAGGUCCAAAUGUGAAUUCAGCAUUCAAGCAGUGAAUAAGCAAGGAAGGGUUAUUCCUCUGACUGAUGAAGAUAGCCGUUAUGUCAUAAAGACGGCCUCCAUGACUGUCCAUGACAUCCCAGACCUGCAGUGGGAUGGCGGGGACCUGGGCUCUGUGGUCUUCUCUGAGUCCUUCUUGGAGUCCAGCAUCAACAUUCAACAGAAAGAUGGCACUGUGUCCUCAGACAGCUGCUACACCAUCCUGACUACAACUGUGCCUCGCUAUGCAUGCUGGCUGAUGGAAUCUGAUGUCAAGCAGUCUGAGCAAGCCCAACAUCUUGCUAAGAAAGAGGACGGCACUUGUUUGGGAACUGCUCUGACUGUAGCAGAUGCUGCAUAUGUGUUCUCCAGCAGCCAGCUCUCCACACACGAAGAAGGGAAAAUCAUCUUCUUCUCUGAGGGUCUGCUGUUCAUCCAUUCCCAAUAUGGAAGCAUUACCCUGUCCAAGGAUCACAUCAGCAAUAUCAAGUUCUACGACCCGGACUCCAGCGCUGUGGCGUCUCUUUUCGUGGGGUAUGAAAGCAGCCUGCUCCCCCACCUCCCGUUCCCUCUCCACAGCUCGGACCAGUGUCUGGUCUUUGCUCUUCAGCCCAGGUCAAAGAGCCACAGGGCCUUCUAUUCCAAGGUUUUGUCAGUUUGGCAGAACACUGACUCUGGACUUACUCUGCAAUUGGUGGACAAAGAUCACCUGACCUGGAACCAGAAAAACAUGCACACCAGACUGCAGAAGCUGCACGACAGCCAGGAGCCACCGGUGGCCAAGCGCAGAGGCAGCCUGAAGACUUCCAACUCCCAGCUGCCAGAGCAGGACAUGUUUCUUCAGCACUUUGCUUUGAGUAGUAUUGGUCAGGAGCCAAUUCUGUACGACCACCUGGGGGUGCUCUUCCCCUCUGCAGAGCUGAGGAAUCCAGCCAGCAGUCAAGGAGACAAGGUUGUGAUUACCGUCAUCACUGGAUUACCUGGAAGCCAUAAGAAGAGACUCUGCGACUUCCUGGUCCAGUUAAACAAAGAAUGUGGAAGGUGGGUGGUUUACGAGCCCGGCCCCGACAGCUGUGACAGCUUCUCAGCCUCUCACCUGCAGCAGUACUUGUCCAGCUUCCUGGAGAGUCAGAGAGGCCCUGGAGGCAAACCCCGUCUGUUGGUGCUCUCACCUGGAUACACAGAUGUUCUGGAUGUGGUCCAAGCUGUGCUUUUCCACCCCGACCCAGUUGUCCAAGCAUGCUUCACCAUCGGUGCCGUAACUGCUUGUGUGGACCCCCUCACUUCCUGUAUGGAGCACAGGUUUGCUUUCCCUAAGCUGUUGGAGCAAUGCAGUCAAGGUAUUGUGAGUACAGUGGUGUUCACCGGGCUGACAGCAGAGCAGAAGCACCCUCUCAUGCAGCAUGUUCAGCAGUUGGUACGCUCUGCCAACCCCACCGCUGCCUUCAUACUGGCAGAGAGAGGAGCUGUCACCAGGAAUGAAGAUGUGAAUCUGAUACUGUCUGAUAGCAGCUUCAAUGAGCCGCAGAUGUUGAGAGCCCGUUACGUUCUCUACCCUGGAUGGUGCAAAGGCCGCUUCUUCACCGGUUCUGGUUCUCUGGUCUUCACCCAGCACCGCCUGGCUUUCAGCCGCCCCCUAGAGAGGCCUCUAUUUGUCACCCGCUGCAAAGCGCUCAAGUCGUCGCUGAGGCCCAGCCCCUUCCGAGGAAAUGUGUACAAUGUCUGGGGAAAAGUCCGAUUUUCUGACUCAGACCAGCUGAUGGAGGUGAGCUACAACACGGCGAGCGGGAGCCUGAGGGUCGUCCCAGAGCAGACCAGUGGCCCUCUGCCCUCGGGCCCCAAGGGAACCAACACCUCCUUCUUCCUCAUCUUUGAUGGUGUCGGCCUCACUGAAGACGGCCUUAAGGACUGGCUCAGACUGUGCGCUAAGCAGAGGCAGACAAAGAAGCCGAGGAAGACUAAAAAUACCCUUUCACCACAAGAAAUCAAGCACAUACAUAUCACCAGGCACUUGGAUCCACUACCGCCAGGCUACUUCUACAACGGUUACCAGUAUGUGGACAUUUUUGGAGGAAAAACAAAUCUCCAUCCCAACAUGGAAGAGUUCAUUAAAGACUACAUCACCGAGGCCAACAGAGAGAUCGAGCUGUUCAACCGUCAGCUGGAGCUGCAGGGACAGCCUGACCUGUUUGACCCGUGAUAGAAUCUGUCCGUACGUCCACUGCCUCCAUCGGUCUUGUUUAACUCUGAGGGAGCCGCAGUGGGAGGGACAGGGAGGGAACAUGGGGUUUAUGUACUGAACGCUCCACUCGCAUGGUCAAUGUGUGUUCACACCACAUGCAUCUGCACAAACCGCUGCAGUCCAUUCGUUAUCUAUCCACUAUGUCACUUUGUUAGCAUGGAAAGGUUGAGUGCAGGUGAGAUUUUAAACAAUGACAUCACUAUGAUACGCCAGUUAUGUCACGUUGCCUCGCUGCAACACUACCAACGGUACACUUAGCACUUUGGCGAGUCAGAUAUCAUAUUAAUCAGAUAAAAGUGUUAAACUGCUGCGGUCACUGGUGUCAUUGCAAAAUUAAGAAGCAAGAAAUGAGAGUCGCUCACAACUGCAGAUAAAUCUGAAACAUAGCGCAACACAAGAGUCCAUCUUUAACCCGAUGUGAUUACGACACUAAGCCCGAGAGCUAUGAGACGUUUCACAAUUGAAGGGAAUUUCCAACCCCACGCUCCUGCAGCUUGUGUGUUUCUGUUUAUCACAGUUGGCAAAUUAAUGCCUCUAUUUCUGGAUAGGCAUGGAUAGCCGUGUGAUUCUGGUGGGCUCCCUGGUGGGGUUUCUCAAGAAUCGCUCCUCCUCUGUUGUCACCCAAUCCAUGGCCCACCUGUUAUCUUGUCUGCGUGCCACGCUGCAGCAGAGGGAGCGCUUGGCCAUAGAGCUGUAAACAUUGGACAGCCUGUUGGCUGCAGACAACUGAUGAAUGAUGCCAUUAAUCACAUAGCUAAACGCCGUCCCAGUGCUUUAUUUUAAGACUCCUAAAGUGAAUCUAAUGAAAGUGCAAUAAAGCAGACUUCAGUCCCUGCAGCAAAGUGUCGUAGUUAUGAAACAGCUGAGGCUGACACACAUUAAAUCACUUCCUGAGGUUUUGUGUCCACCAGAAACUGUAUUCUGUUCAUUUUAAUGCUGCUAUUGAACAGCGAGAAAGCAGGAAGACACCGAAAGUUAAGCUAAAGCUCACAGCAGCAGGUUGGGAUGACACAUUUCACCAUUUCGGUCCAAAUGUUCGUUUGUUGUCAUUAAUGUGAACAUUCCUUUUAGGGUAGGAAAAGGGGGAAAAUGAUAAAAUCCGGGAAAAAACCUGGAUUCAGUUUCCUGUUUGGUGGUUAGGUGUGGGUAAACACGAGUAGAGCCUUUAGUGAAAGGUCCCGAGGCUUUGUAUUAGUGGUGUGAUGUUGCAGAGAAUCAGACUUCAUGUCCUGCUUAAAUGGGUAGUUAUGCUCCUGUUUGCUCUGCGAUCGUGUGUCACACUAACGUUCUAUGCAUGUCUUCCUCUAACCAGGGUUCCUACACAGAGAUGUUUGAAAUGUUAUAACUUAAAAAGGAAAAAAAUGUAUUUGAUAAGCUCUUAGUAAUAUUUGUGAAAUGACACGUUGAGUUGUCAUUUGGCUGCACAUUUGGGUUGUAUAAAAACCCACUUAACCAAAUAAGAAUUUCAAAGUAAAAGUGUGCUAAAUGAGCACACUUGAAGCUGUAAAAUGUGUAGGAACCCUUCUACAGUCUCCGGAGAUGUAACGGCUUUCGUUCUCUAUGGGGUCAGCAGUGUACUAUACAGACAGGGGUGCUGAAUUGAUACUUAAAAAAGGAACAUUUAAAUGCACACGAAGGUGCGUGCAUACUGCUGCUACUACAAUGGUACGAUUUAUUACAUUAGCCUUUUGAACUUUGUACCAAAAAAAUAAGCGCCUGUACUCGAUGUUGAGUCCUGUGAGAUUUUUAUCAUUUCAGAUAAGAGAGGGAGGGUGUUUCUGCUAAGAGAAUAUUUUAAGUCCCUAAUCUUAUUCCUUAGCAGAGGAGGGGGGGGAAUGCUUGCUAGUAUUCACUGUUGUUUGAUGCAGAUAUUUUUAGAUCAGUGGGACCAUGUCUGCCUGUCAGCGCUGUCAACAGCCAGUAAGAUUGAGAGAAUCAGUAACUUUGUUUUUCAGCUGGCGGACAAACCGCGAGUGAAAACAUCGUUGGCGAGUUAUUUUCCCCACCGGAUCGAUCGUGAUUCAAAUGAUCCUGACACUGCUGGCCCCAUCCGUCCACUUUGAUCCGAACAAGCCAUACCAUCCUAUGCUAGAUGUGCCACUGUCUUUUUAGAUGAAUAAUACAAUUGCAUAGAAUAGCACAUAACAUAGCAAUGACAUGUAUUACCCUGGCAUGUUCCAGCCAGCAAAAGAGGGGGAGAGGAGGAGCAGCUCGCCCCGCGUUACUCAUUCCAUUAGCUCCUCUCUCUCAGUCCUUCUCUUUUACUCGAUGAAAGAAGUGCAAUUGUACCUUGUGGUUUUUAUAUAGUCUACUUACAGUAUCCUCAAAGAGCUCUUUAAGGACGACAACACGCAAAAAAAAAAAAAGCGAGCCACUAAAUUCUCAGUCUCUCACAGCUUUUGUUCUGUCGUCCGCUGGAUUCGGCCUUUGAGCGCUUGUAAGUUCACGUAACGCCGUAACAAGUCUGAACAACAGGUGAAGGGCUUUUCUGUUGCCAAAUGAGAUGCCACCAGGAAAAAAAAAAAAAAAAAAACAUUACCUAAGAUGCAAACAGAUUACAGUGCUUUUUUUUUUUUUUUUUUUUUUUAAGCAGAGCAGGAUAAUAUGUAACAUAAAUCCGCUUGUUGACAAAGUCAUAACUCUUGUUUAAGCUGGAUCCCCUGUUUAGCGUUUCAGAGAUGUACUCUCAAAGCCCUCUUUUUUUUUUUUCUUUUUGAGCAACAGUUGCUGUCGUUCUGGAGUUACGUAAUACUGCAGAGAGUUACCUUGAUUGACAGUGGAACAGUCUGAGGCUGAAGUACGGGAGACUGAAGGUGCCACAACUUUGAAAACCUGCUCCACACGUCAGAGAGCAGAGAAUCUGAACCCAUAAUUGGCCCACGAGAUCAGAAGAUAGUCCUUAAAGAGUCGAGGGUUACAUAAGAUGUUUGUGAUAUUUAAAUCAAAUUAACACUAACACAUAUACACACACAUAUAUACACGACUGCUACUACUAAGUACGUCUACACUAUUUUGCAUGUGUUGAGAUGUCAUGUGAAAUAUGAUGCCACAUAUAUCCUGACAAAAAUUGCCUUUCACCAAACUGGUACAACAAAGAGAAAAAAAGAAUCACCUUUAUUUUACAUAUCUGCGAAGAAAUUUGAAUUACCUCAAAGUGACAAAUAGUAUUUUUGUAAGAGAAUUGAACACUGAAGGUGCGAGCGAAAACGUCUCCUCUCGCACAAGCUACAAAAAAAAAGCAAAAGCAGAUGCAAUUUUUUUUUUUGUAGGAAAAAAAACUAAAAGAGAGAAUCUGAUCGGUUGUGAGAUGUCAGGUUUCUCUGAUCCAGCAGUGCCUUGGCUACGGCUAAGAAGAGCAGAGAUUAAAGCUGCAUUCAGAGCUCCAUCCCUCCCUCCGUCACAGGGGGAGGAGGUGUUGUCAGGCAAAGGAUCCGUCCUUCAACAGUGUUGGUGAAAGGAAUCCAUGGAGUUGUUGUUUAAAGCAAUGUGUUUUUACUAAGCCAGAGGGUAAAGUAGGCGUCGUCACGCGGGGGUUGGUCGCUGGAGGGCUCGGGGACGAUUCAGGUAUUCUUGCAAACUAAUCAAAAAGAUGUGGGCGUACAGGCUGGGUUCCACAGCGAGGGCUGGAACCAGAACAGUUCUGAGACUGUAGUUUAAUUUAUUUUCACAGUGGUACGUUUAUUGGUGGCGCAUUUGAAUUCAUUUCAUGAGCAACACAUCGUAUCAGUUGAUACAAACACUAGAAGCAAAGCUGCGUUUUGUUCGGGUUCUUUUAGCUAAUUAAAAUAGAAACACUUAUAUUUAUUUUUUAUGCCCAGCCCUAGUGUGGAUACAAAAAAGCUUUGUAUCAGAGUAUGGAUAAAAAAAAAAGAAAAUGCAGAUUGAGUUUGUGACUAAAGUUGGGUGACCCCUUCUUACUGCACAUUGGGGGCCCACAGAGCCCUCCACGAGCCUCUCAGCGCGACCGCUACGCAACUCUCUGGCAGACCGAGCACCCUGCUGUCUUCAUCCUGUGCGUGGAGGCUAGCCGUUUUUGUAGCUGAAGUUAUAGGACAAAAACAAAGUUUGGUGUUAAUUGGUUUUAUAUAAAGGGGUUGAAAUGUGACGUUCUCGCGCUGCAGCGUGAUAACGCAGUGCGAGAAGGUUUUUGUUCUUUUUCUAGUUUUGAUGAUUGGCUCCGAUGUUCCAAAAGGGCCAACGGUGUGGAAUGUAUGCACUUCUUGACGAAGUGGAUAUUUCUGUGGUAUUUUUGUGCUUAUUGGAGGAAGGCGGCUCGGAAAUGGAUUUUUUAACUGUCCAAAUUUUCUCAGGCCUCAGGGGACCGCUGGUACUAAUUGUUUGGGCCGCUCUGUCCUAUGGAGGUUAAAAGGGAAUCACGGGCUCUUCACCCCACUGUCCUCACAGACAGCGAGAGGAAUUUGCUCAGGUCUACUUAUUAUUUCCAAACCUGAGAUUACAUAUUUGUCCCAUCAAUCUCGAGUGUUGCAGAAGAAGAUGGGGGUGAAAUUGUGGUUAAUAUCUUCUGUCUGUAGCCGCGAUGCAGCUGUCGAGGAACAGUAACGAUUCGAGUUGGGAGGUGUUUGAUGUCACGAUGGCAGAAUUAGAUCUGAGGGAGAAAAAAAAAAAAGCAAAGGGCUCAUUUCUUUCUCUGCCAUCUACAGGCCGUCCAAAAUAAAAAAAAGAAAAAACUAACUUAUAAAAUAAUUUAUUGUCUCUAUUGUGAUGAGAAGCAAAAACUUCAAAAGUGCCAAACUGACCUCCGCAUUUAGUUUUGAGGGUGUUAACAUGCUGCGAGCGUGUCAAGUCAAACUGAAUUGCAUUUGCACAAAACUACUGUAACUUCUGUUUUUUUCCUGUGACUGAUGCUUUUAUAAUCUAACUGUUGUUUUUAUUGCACCACGUAAUCCAUUAAAUAUUUAUAUGGUUGAUCAA